AACAGUUUGAAAGUUAAGUGAGAGAAAUGUUAUAUUGCCUCUUCUAUAAAUGUAAAGUGUGGAAGAACACCAAGAAAAUGGUAGCUGCCGUAGCUGCGAUUUAGGAACUGCGCGCUUGUGUCUGUGGUGUUUCAAUUCUCGUCAACAAACAGUGAAUGGGAGCAUCACGUCAUUACAUGGUACCUCCAGGCACCAAUAUAAAUAGAAAGAGAGACUUGUAAAUAUACAAACACACGUUGGUUGUGUUUUUCAAUGACUGCUUCUGUACAUAUAGUGAUAAUGUACGACCUAUAGUGAAAGGUAAGGAGUAGAGAGUUAGCUAUCAACACCACCAGUCCGAGAAACAGUGAAAGAGGAAAAGAUAACGUUGAGUAAGCUUUUCGCUGCCGAAUGGAAGCCAUUGUGUUUAGUUGCAAUUUACACUAACGGAGUCUCGCGAGCACCCGAGGAGCUUUCAUCAUCCUGCUCUGUGCAGACAUAUUCUGUGCGACUAAAUGUGCUCGUUGAACGUUGAAAUUUUCUACCAGAUAAUUCUGUAACCAUACCAUCUGCAGCAGACCACGCUUUUUAAAUGCCUCAUAAUACCAACUGGUAAUUACUGCUACUGGAAGGCCUAUUGAUCUAUUGCGACGGGCAGAAGGAAUAAGCUCAAUCGCAAACAUGCUUUAUGUUUUCCAUGUUGACACCGGCCGGAUGCUGAAGUUCGAAAUGAACAAGGCUUUUGAGAAUGUCCGCUCAUUGAAAGAAACUAUUGAACGGCAUCAUGGGAUACCAGCCAACAGCGUGGUUCUGUUGGUCAGCGGAGGCGAAGUGCUGCAGGACCCGCAACGAGUGUGCAAUUAUUCUGCCGGUACUGACACCAAUCCGAUAUACAUGUUUAGCACGUGUUUGUUGGAUACCAAAAAUCAACCACCACCAUGGCCUAGCAUAGAAUCCGACAAUGAUCUUAAAAUUCUGGUGGAUAAGUGCCUCGAAAUGCCGGCUAAUUACCAAACGGUUGUGGCUCGGGCCCAACUAGCACUGCAGAUUUGCGAGAUGGCCAAGGAGGAGGUUAAAGCCUGUGAAACACUGGUGCACGAACAACACCUGCAACAACAGGGAUGGGCAGCCGUUGUUGCUAACAUGGAGGACGCAGUAACUGAGUUCCAAGAACGCGUCGUUGAUUACUACAGGCGGUACGAUGACCACCAGCAGCGUAGUGCGGAGAACAAGAAAAUGUUAUCAGACUUCGGUGAAGCCCUAAAGCAGCUCUCAGAGAUUCCGAUUCUAUCAACGUUAAUGGAGAAUGCCGAAUCACGCCCCUAUGGUGCUUUUGACGAAGUUUACGCAGAUGCUAGUAAUAUUGCAACAAGCACAUCUACCGGCAGUAGUAAGACUGCCAGUAAUCACGAGCCAACAAGUACUAGUGCGGAAAGUGCUACCGGACCGGAAGGUUCAGGAUCUAUCGAAAAUGGAACGGGCAGCGAACCAACGGCUGAGUUGGAAGCGAUAACAGCGGAAAAAGUUCGAGCGAACUGUGUUUCGCUAUUGGAUUGGAUAUCAGCUUCUGAAGGGCAAAAAACGCUGCAGCGUAUGGCUAAUGAAUGUCUCGAAGGGCUGGGGCAAUUCGAGUCGCCCCGUAUGACUACACUCAAAGAUAAAAUAGAGAUUGCAAUUGAUUUAUCUCAAAGGGAGGAUAUGAAGGAAAUCAAGGGACUAGAGGAACGUCUCUGUGGGUUAGAUCGUCUAAUGUUUGACGCAAAAAAGAUCGUACAAGAUCAGAACGAGCUUGCCCAAUCGUUUCAACAAAACCAGAAUCGGGCAAAUACGCUAGGAGAUACAUCGAUCCUUCCAGAUCUCUGCGCAUCGCAUCGAAGCCAAUUGGUGGUUAUGCUUAAAAAUCACAAUCUUCUGAGAGACAUCCGACGUCGCUGUGCCAAGGCAAAAGACGAAUUAGGAUGUAAUCUAUUUCAACGGUUGAAGUACAUCAUUCACGUUGAGACAAAGGUGUCCGAAAUUGACAACACUCUGCUCUUCUACCACAGUUGCUUGAAGCGUCUGCAAAAGCAUUUGGGAAUCAUUGAGCAGAUACAUAUGGCCCCCUGCAUGUACGUUACUGCCGUUACAGAAGUUGUACGCCGAAAGAUGUUUUCGACUGCUUUCCUCCGAUGGGCUUCUGACCUAGCAUGCCGGUUGAUGGCGAUCCACAACGAGGAAGUAAUGCGCAGGCACGAAUUCACCUCGCAAUUUGAGGGUCACUUUUUGAGUUCUCUUUUUCCUGGCAUGGAUGACAUGCCACCAUCGUACGGUAUCCAAGCUCCGCCUAUUUUCGAUUCUAGUCUGCCGGGCUUGAAUAAGCAAGAUCUACAAGAGCUGACCCUAUUCCUGCCUGAGCUAACAGAGAAGAUCCAGCUACCGAAUAUUGAUUCUGUGAUAGAUUUUUUCUCUUCUAAACCGGUAGAGGCUAAUGAGAGCAAGAGUAACAUUACGCAGGAAGCUAGUGCCGGUGAUGCUGAGGAAAAAGUUACCGAGAUAUUAGAAGCAUCUUCGGCUGAAAUGAAAAUUCCGGAAACUGAGAAAGAGAAAUCACAACUGCAACCAAAAGAUGAUGAAAAAGCGUGUGAGUCCGAAACCGAUACGGAAGAAUUUGAGAAAGUAGGGCAAAGCCCGAUCGAUCGGCGUCAUAGAGCCCGUCCGAAAGUGGACACAUGCAAUAUAGCCACGUCGACCGAACGAGUACUGCAAACUAGCGCAGAAACUUUAACAGAGGAAAAUCUCGGCGCAACACGCAUUGAAGUAGAGAGACUCAAGGUUCUCUUGCGCGAUGUAUGUCAACUGUCGCAAUCGUCUAUUGUCGUUCUUCGUGAGCAGUUAUCAGCCCUCAGAUCGGAAAAUGCAGCACACCAAACGGAAUUCAAGGUGCAGCUUGAAGCGAUCAAUCGGUCUUGGGUCGACAUUCAAAAAGCAGCUCGUAAUCAAGAGCGGGAAACCGUACAGCAGCUGACUGUUGAUCAUGAGCUCGAGAUGAACGAUCUUCGCAAAAGCAUCCACCAGAAGGAUGACGAAAUCCAAUCGUUGCGAUCGGAUAACUCGACAAUGAAAGCGAACCUGAUUGAGACGGUAUCGAAGUACGAAAGCGAAAAAAAGGAACUGACCGACAAAAUCGAAGAAAUGAAAGAGGUCGUUUGCAAAUUGGAGAAGCAGUUAGCGGAUGUGAGCGUGGACAGAAAGAAGGCCAUACAAGAAGCCAUUGAGCAGCUCGAACACAAGCACAAAACUGAUAUCGAAUCGCUGCGUUGCAGGUACAAAUUAAUGACUAGUAUGGACCGUUCACCGUCGGAUACCAGUUUAGAAAAGAUCGAAAAACCCGAUAUGAUCGAUAUAGCUAGCCAUGAACAGCUAUUAUCUCAGGUUCGAGAGGAUUUCAACCGAGAAAAAGAACGUGCAAUUAAAAUCGCCAUCGAAGAAGAACGGCAACGCUGGGAGUUAUCCUCGCAGCAAAAGUCGCUUGCUCAGCCGCAACGUUCGAUUGGAAGCUCCCCUGGAACUCCAACCAGCAGUCAAGAUGUAUUCAAGCGAAUAUUGGAAGAAAAAGAACGACAGUUAGAUGAGAUGCGGGAUAAGGAAUCACAUUUAAUAAAAGAAAACCAGCGGUACAGGGAAACUAUCCAAUCGCUGACAGAUCCUGAGCUCUGUUCAAAUCAAAUUGACUUUAAGAAGCAGAUUGAGUUGUUGGAACGUGAGAAACUGCAACUGACGAGAGAUUUAGAAAUACAACAGAACCGAUUAUCUGUAGCAGUAUCAACGCAGACAUGUUUGAAAGGAAACACCGUGUUGGUUGAAUACAAUAGCACCUAUAAUCAGUACACUAUAGUUCAGAAUUCUCCUGUGCUGUACUUUUUACACGCGGAUAGUUAUCCAGCUUUCAAUAUGACGCCGUUGGUAGUGGGCGAAGUGCCGCUUAUAGUGUCCUGCAUCGGUAUUGUAACAGAUAAAGAUUACUGCCACGCACGUAAGGACGAAAACCGAUAUAAAGUAUCCCGAGGCACCCGAUUUUAUCGGGUUAAAGUGAAACCAUUGUCAAGUGGUAGUAGCAGCACAGGUGGCAGCUACACAUCGAGAUCCGUGGAUUUCGAAAAACACUCCAGUAAGAAGGAAAAAAGUAAAGUAACAACGCUUAGUCGUUCCUCGUCCACUAUAACGGAACAGAGUGCAACCGCGGGCACUUCCGGGUUGCUCGUCGAUUCGUUUGCACAAACUGAACAAACUACUAGUUCUCCCCCGAUGGAGGAUUCUUCUAUCAGACCUUGCUCCACCCAAGACAUGGUUGACUCUGCCGUAGCAGAGGAGCUAAAGAGCACCUCGAAGGAACGCAACAUUAGCGUAACGGACGAGGAGGAAGCGACAUACAGUGGAAGUGCCAGUGGCAGCGUUGACGCUGCAGACCACGACCGACUGCGUUAUCAAAGCGUGUGCGAGGAAGACGAAGAAGUGCAACCCGAAGACAACAAUAGUAAUACGACGGCACCACUGACAGUAGCUUCUGCACCAACCGUCGAUCGACAAGAUUUAACUGAGCUCUCAUUUAGCACAAGGACCGCUAGCAGUAUGAUGGAUUCCAUCAUAGCCAUCGACGCCGAUAUUCCUGCCUUCGCUGUAAAUAUGCCUAUCCUGCCGGUGGAGAUAUCCGGUGAUGGUGACAUAGUAUCGGACGCAGCGAGUGAUUCUACCGAAUCUGUAUAUUGUUCGUUCGAGACUAAGGAUGGUGAUAGUGAUGCGCUAAAUUGCUGCCUCGAAUAAAUUGUGCUCAUAUUUUAUGACUGACUGAAUCAGAUACAUAUUGUGAUGUUCUUUUAAGCUGUAUUAGUGUGAAAAAGUGAGCAUUAGCAACUAAUUCAGGAUACAGGAUGAAAACAGACUAGAAACUGUGUAACAAACUUUGUUUAAUCGUAACAUGCCGCUAAAAUAUGUGAAGAUUUAAUGAAAACCCAACAAACAUUUUUGCUGCAUAAUAGCUUAUUAAACACUUUAUUUCCCGGAUAUAUGCUACUAAGCAAUUUAAUGUGUUACUAUUCAAUUGAAAUAUUUGUUGAGAAGAAAAGAAGAUUUACAACUCAAUAAAUAUAUUGAUCUAGUAAUUUACCUUUCUUUUUCUGAUUAAAAACCACGAAACAUUACUACUGAACUUUUUCAUUCGAUUACAUUGAAAUACCCAAAUUGACUAAUGUUAAAUUUAUAAUAACGGUGAAUGUAAUGGGUCGAUGAAACUGCUGCCAAUCCUUCAUUGCACAUAUUUGAUACGCAUGAAACACUUCAUAUUUUCGUUUGCUUCGUAAAUCAAUUGUAUUCAUUCUUAUCCUUAGGUUUCUCCAUUGUCUAUUGGAGCUCUAGUGCUGCACUAUUUGAUGCUUCCUAAGUGUAAGUCGUGUAGUGUAUCUUUUUGUAAUCUGAAUUGUGAGCAAUGCACAUUCGUUGCAUCAUUGCAUCGUUUAUUAUUUUUUAAUAUUUUUCUUAUGGUCAACUGUUUUAGGGAUCGUUUUGCUAUAUUUUUAGCUAAAAUCUAAAAAAUAUCAAUCUAAUCUUGACAGCAAUCUACAUUUCAUCGUAACGUAUCGUAUAUUAUUUCGGAACCUUCAGAGCCAAUUGCAUAAAAUACAUGCCGAUAUGCCAGCGAAGAAGUAUUCCAAGUUUCCAAUGAUACCUCAUUUUUUAAUAAAACAAAUUUACCCUC